AGUAGGAAAAACUGCCCAGCUGUGCUCUGUGGCUAACAGAGAAGCUAACAGGCUAACAACAGCGGUGGAAGUACCAGGCUCCGGCGAUUAAACGGGACCCCUCGACAGCUACUUUGACACUUCGAGUAUAAAAUGGGGAAAGGUGGAGGCACGUUUGAGAGGCUUCUCGAUAAGGCCACUAGUCAGCUGCUGCUGGAAACUGACUGGGAAUCCAUUCUGCAGAUCUGUGAUCUCAUUCGACAAGGAGACACACAAGCAAAGCAUGCUAUUGGGGCCAUUAAGAAAAAGCUAAAUGACAAAAAUCCCCAUGUGGCCCUGUACGCACUGGAGGUCCUUGAGUCAGUAGUGAAGAAUUGUGGCCAGACAGUCCAUGAUGAAGUGGCAAGUAAACAAACCAUGGAGGAACUGAAGGAUCUGCUUAAGAAACAGACGGAACCAAAUGUCAGAAACAAGAUUCUGUACCUGAUCCAGGCCUGGGCUCACGCUUUCCGUAAUGAACCCAAGUACAAGGUGGUUCAGGACACUUACCAGAUUAUGAAAGUGGAAGGUCAUGUUUUUCCUGAGUUUAAGGAAAGUGAUGCAAUGUUUGCAGCGGAGAGAGCCCCAGACUGGGUUGAUGCUGAGGAGUGCCACCGGUGCAGAGUCCAGUUUGGAGUUAUGACAAGAAAGCACCACUGCCGAGCAUGUGGCCAGAUUUUCUGUGGCAAGUGCUCGUCUAAAUACUCCACCAUUCCCAAGUUUGGCAUUGAGAAAGAAGUGCGUGUGUGUGAGCCCUGCUUUGAGCUGCUUAACAAGGGUGCAACGGAUCAAAAAGCUGACGGAUCGGAUCGUUCCGCGGAUCAGAGUCACGGAUCGGAUCAUUUUUCGGAUCAGCAAAAAAACCACCCCUCCCUGUCUCCUCCGCUUAGGAAAGCUGAAGUGAAAGCUGCACCCGCAGGCCCCGCUGAGCUGCCUCCGGAGUACCUGACCAGCCCACUGUCGCAACAGUCGCAGAUGCCGCCCAAGAGAGAUGAGGCAGCACUGCAGGAGGAGGAAGAGCUGCAGCUGGCCAUUGCCCUUUCCCAAAGUGAGGCUGAAGAAAAAGAGCGAAUGAGGAAUAAGAACUCGUACUCUGUGUAUCCUAAAACUGAUCCCACCCCAGUGACGUCAUCAGCACCACCAGUCAGCACCCUCUACACUUCCCCUGUGAACUCCUCCGCUCCAUCAGCUGAGGAUGUAGAUCCUGAGCUGGCACGUUACCUGAACAGAACAUACUGGGAGAAGAAACAGGAAGAGACUCGUAAAAGCCCCACCCCCUCAGCCCCUGCUCCUGUGCCACUGGCUGAGCCCCUCCCACCUAUCAGUCAGCCUGUAGAAAGUCAUGUACCUGCUGUUCAGCCAGUCAACAUAGUGGAGCAGCAGUACCAGAACGGGGAGUCGGAGGAGAACCAUGAGCAGUUUCUGAAGGCUUUACAGAAUGCUGUCACCACCUUCCUUAACCGAAUGAAGAGCAACCACAUGCGCGGUCGCAGCAUCACCAAUGACAGCGCUGUGCUGUCCCUCUUCCAGUCCAUCAACAACAUGCAUCCACAGCUGUUGGACAUCCUCAACCAGCUGGAUGAGAAAAGACUGUACUACGAGGGACUGCAGGACAAGUUGGCUCAGGUGCGCGAUGCUAGGGCAGCUCUUAAUGCCCUACGUGAUGAACACAGAGAGAAGCUGCGUCGUGCUGCAGAGGAAGCAGAGAGGCAAAGGCAGAUCCAGCUGGCACAAAAACUGGAGAUAAUGAGGCAGAAAAAACAGGAGUACCUGGAGAUGCAAAGACAGCUGGCCAUUCAGCGCCUCCAGGAGCAAGAGAAGGAGAGGCAGAUGCGUCUGGAGCAGCAGAAGCACACAAUCCAGAUGAGAGCUCAGAUGCCUGCUUUCUCUCUGCCCUAUGCCCAGAUGCAGUCCUUGCCUCCCAAUGUGGCAGGAGGGGUGGUGUACCAGCCUGGUGCUCCACCCAGCUACCCAGGCACCUUCAGCCCUGCUGGUUCAGUGGAAGGGUCACCUAUGCAUAACAUCUAUAUGAACCAGCCUGGGCAGACAGCACCUCCGCAGUACCAGGCAAUGCCCAAUACUGCCACAGAUCCAAAUAUGGUUAACGCAUACAUGUACCAGCCUGCAGGCACAAAUGGGCAGCCUGCUCCUCCUCCUGGUCAGGCUCCACCCACAACAAGUCCACCUUACUCCAACUAUCAGCCCACGCCCACACAAGGCUACCAGAAUGUGGUUUCACAGGCCCAGAGUUUGCCUCCCAUGUCCCAGCCUGCACCCACAAAUGGCAUGGGUUACAUGGGCUACCAGCCAUACAGCAUGCAGAACAUGAUUUCAGCAUUGCCAGGACAGGACCCCAAUAUGCCCCCUCAACAGCAGUACAUGCCAGGGCAGCAGCCAAUGUACCAGCAGGUGGCUCCCCCUGGUGGCCCACAGCAGCAGCAGCAGCAACAGCAGCAGCCAGUACAGCAGCAGACCCCUCAGGCUGUAUCAGGCAGCGCGGAGGCACAGCUCAUCUCCUUUGAUUGAAAGCCUACGCGCUGCAGGGUCUGACACACUACACGCUCUCUCUACCAUUGGUCUUUUCCCUCCAUCUCUGGACUCUGAGGAUGCCCUCCAGAAACACACACACACACUCACACACACACCUCCUGCCUGCCACCCUAGCUGUGAUGUUGUGGCAACGUGAAAUAUUGUGAUGUUGCAAAACUGUUGCUCUCCUUGCCUCUCACUCACUGGAGUAUUUGAAUGUGAGGCGAAGACACAAGGGAGGGUACCAUUAACCAAACCCUUCCUCCCUCGUUUUCCCUCUUUCCACCUGACAUGUAUGUAGAACUUCCUUAUUAAAUUAACCUCGGAAAUAGUCAGUGCUAUUAAAGUGAAAGACAAAUAUAACAAAUAUGACAUUAAUUGAGGAGAAAAAAAAAGACAUAACCAUCAUUUGCCUCAUAUUUUUCUAAAGCAAAAUCUGCAUGUUAUGUUUUAAUAAUUUUUUGGAAUGGAAGUUAUAUAAUCGCAGUGUGGGGAGUGAUUUAGAGACACCAGUAUGUGCUAGUACUAAAGGUUAUGGGUGUGUGAGUAAGUUGUGACACAUUUGCAGCGAUAGCACAGUCAGAGCCCUGAAACAAAUGGCACCAAGUCUCCAUCACUGUCACGUUCACAGCUUCAUAUUCCAGGUGUAGUUUUCAUCUCCAUCCCAUCUAUGCACAUAUGCACACACAGACAUUGGUCAUCAAAUUUAGUCAUGACAUUUGUUUGUCAUGACUUUGCAUUAGGAUGUGUGGUAUGAUGUGAUGAAAUGGGGAUUAUAGAUUGUGGGAAGGGUACAAAUUUAGCUGAGUGGUUGUUAAAUCCUCGGUUAAUGUUGUUUUAAUACAUGAAAUCAUUAAAAUCAACUAAAGACCAUUAAUAUAUACAUUCUAAAGCAGUCCAGCAACUCUACAAGGAUCGUGCAUCUCUUUUAUUCAAAGACUCAUGUUGCUUAACAUUGACUACCAUGAAAACACAAAGGAGCAUAUAAUCCUAUAUGCUGUAUCAUGUGUGCAUUUGUGACUCACAGAUGAGGGUGUCAACUUAGUAAGUUCAGGUAGGUGUUCUUUUUGUCAAGUGUACUCUGUCUCCAGCAAUGUGGAAAUGAUUGCAGGGUGAACAUGACGUGUUGCAUGUAUGUAUCACACACCCAACAGUGAUUUCUGUAACUGGUCAGUUGCCAUCUGUGAACUUUAUUCUUUGUUCUUCUUCUUUAUUCCAUCACACUGAUCUGUCAGACUUAAAAGUAAUUUUGAAAUUAUAUUUAAUAAAUAUCUGGUUCUUAUUGUCCAA